AAAUCGAUGCUAAAUUGUGCUCUGUCUUUGCAGCUUUUAAUAUUUCUGACAAGAUUCUUUGCACCACUACCAAUAGAGAUGCUAACGUUGUUUUGGCAAUGCGAUUGCUAAAAGAUAAAUUAAUUUUAAAAAAUUAUAAUUUUCACUUUCAACCUCAUCGCUGCUUGGCACACAUAUUGAAUCUUAUUGUUACAACUGGGUUAUUACCUAUUAAAUCAUCAAUUGAAAAAGUGUGCAAUUUUGUUAAUGUUAUUUCAUCAUCAUCAUCUAUAACUCAGGAUUUUAAAGAACUUGGUCAAACGGUUGGUGAAGGUGAAUCGACUUGUAAAAUUCCACAGAAUGUUUCAACUUGUUGGAACAUUGCAGUUUUGCAUGAAACUAAUCUUCAAGUCACAACCCAGUUUCUAAAGCCAUUUUAUGAAACCACUAACGUUCUUUCUGGUAGCACAUAUACAACUUUAGACAUUUCGAUUUUGCUAAUCGACGACAUCGUUGAAAAUGUUUCAGCAUGCAUUCAGGAUCCAACAAGUCCAGAAUUUCUCAAAAUAGCUGCAAUUCAAAUAUCAGAAAAAAUUCAAAAAUAUAUUAACAAAAUUUAUGACAAAACAGCGUUUAUAGCUGCUAUUCUUGAUCCUCGGAUUAAACUAGAAUUAAUGCCUACUAACAUGAAUAAUGAAGCAAAUCACACUAUUUUUAAUAAUGUUUUUCGAUCAGAAUAUGCUAACCUUAUUUUAAAUAACUCCAGUACCUCCCUUACCUCCUCUAUCUCAUCUACCUCAAUCUCUUCUACAAAUUUAAAAGUACUAUUGAACUUAACAUAUACAGAGCAAAUUGCUCAAAAAAGGCAAAAAGCAAGUACCCUUACCAAUAAACCGGAUGAAUAUAAUACUAGAAAAGUACAAGGUAUAAUCAGUAAAACCCAAUCAGCCAACAGUCUAGAACUACCAAGACUCCCUGAAGACAUUCCAGUAGAUAUAGCAGACAUAUUACCAUUUACUCUACCAAUCAAAGAUAACUACAAAACUGUAUCAGUUGCUCAAACCCUAAAACUAGUAUAUACAUUUAGGAACUUACCAGAUUUAUAUUUUGAAAAUGUCCACAUACCUCUGCCCAGCCAUCCUGGGCAA